UGCUCGUGGCAGCGGCUUUAAUCCACCCGUAAUCGGGCUGCGGACCGCAGUGAGCAGAGCGGAGCUGAUAGCGCUCAUAUACCGGCUGCAGGCUGAGGAAUUCCGCGGGCUGUGCGCUGCAGGGCGGCGGGGUAUUUACGGAGGAUAACCGGGUGGAUUUAGAGAGAAAUACUGAUGGAGAGAAAUAAAUAAAUGAGCAGCAGGAGGAGGAGGAUAAUGAUGCUGGAGAGGAGGAUAGAGAUAGAGGACGGCGCCGUUUCUAAGAGGAGGUUUAGGAAGAGAACCCGCUCAUAAUGUGCUAAUGUGGAGAUUCUGAUUCUGCUGGUUUAAUUUUUUUAUUUUUAUAUCCUCCGUUUUUUGCCAUCCAGCGCUGAAGUGUGUUUAACAGCAGCGGGCUGUGCCACAGUGCCCGAUCAGAUGUGGGAGUUUAAGCCUGUGUCAUGGGCUGAAACGGUCAAAUCAGACACCCAGGAGGGGAUAAAGAGACUAAACACAGCAGCAUACUGAAACCAGCAGCUAAUCACCGACACCUGUUAACAGACGAGCAUCCGGUGGGACUGAGACAGAUCCAGGUCUACCUUCAGCCCAGCCUGAGGAGCAGGAGCCGCCUCAGAGCUCCCAGAGUGCACUGCUGCCUCAUGGCAUGAACUCCACACUACCUCUGCUGUGGAUCUUUGUUUGGAGGGCAUUUCCCCCCUGACAUUAGCACAUGGAUUUCAAGACUUCAAAUGAAGAGAUAAAGACGGGGAUUUAUCUGCUACAGGAUGGUAAUGAAGAGCCCUUCAAUAUCCGACUGCACUUGGCCAAAGACAUUCUGACCAUUCAGGAGCAAGACGUCAUUUGUGUGUCUGGAGAGCCUUUCUACUCCAGUGAAAGAACUGUAACUAUACGCCGUCAGACAAUAGGAGGGUUUGGUUUGAGUAUAAAGGGUGGUGCAGAACACAAAAUUCCUGUCGUGAUUUCAAAAAUAUCAAAAGAACAGAAGGCUGAGCUCUCGGGUCUGCUCUUUAUUGGAGACGGUAUACUCCAGAUAAAUGGAAUCAACGUGAGAAGUUAUCGCCAUGAAGAAGUGGUUCAGGUUUUGCGUAACGCUGGGGAAGAAGUAACUCUGACCGUGUCGUUUCUGAAGAGGACUCCCGCCUUCCUGAAGCUGCCGCUCUGUGAAGACUGCACCUGUGUACCGAGUGAUCAGAGCAGCGGGACUUCAUCGCCACUCUGUGACAGUGGCUUGCAUCUGAACUACCAUCCUAACAAUACAGACACGCUGUCCUGCUCGUCUUGGCCCACGUCACCAGGACUGCGCUGGGAGAAGCGAUGGGUGGAUCUGAGACUGAUCCCGCUGCUGCAUGCCCGACUCUCACAGUACAUCCCCGGCUCCGACAUCUGCAGGCAAAAUGCCUUUCAGGUUAUUGCAGUGGACGGGGUUUGCAGCGGGGUGAUUCAGUGCCCCAUCGGUGAGGAGUGCAUGGACUGGCUCCAAGCAAUAGCAUCUAACAUAUCUGCUCUCACUAAGCACAAUGUGAAGAAGAUCAAUAGAAACUUUCCUGUGAAUCAGCAGAUCAUUUAUAUGGGAUGGGUGGAUGAAAGAGAGCAGGACUUGGUUCAGGACCGAAUGUACACACCAAAGUUCCUGGCCUUGAGAGGUUCAUCACUCUUCAAAUUCUCAGCACCUCCAGUAACGACGUGGGACUGGACCAGAGCUGAACAGAGCUUCACCGUCUAUGAGAUCAUGUGCAAAAUUCUCAAGGACGGUGACCUGCUGGACAAGCGGAGACAGUGCUUCAGCCUGCAGACGGACACGGGCGAGGACAUGGUGUUCAGCGUGGAGCUGGAGAGCGAGCUGCUGCUGUGGGAGAAGGCCUUCCAGAUGGCCACCUUCUUCGAGGUGGAGAGAAUACAGUGUAAAACAUAUGCUUGUAUCAUGGAGAGCCAUCUCAUGGGACUUACCAUAGACUUCAGCAUGGGCUUCGUCUGCUUCGACGCCGCAUCAAAAGCGGUGCUGUGGCGGUACAAGUUCUCACAACUCAAAGGGUCCUCUGAUGAUGGAAAGAGUAAAAUCAAGUUUCUCUUCCAAAAUCAGGACACGAAACUUAUCGAGGCGAAGGAGCUGGAGUUCUCUAAUCUGUUCGCAGUGCUGCACUGCAUCCACGCGUUUUUUGCUGCUAAGGUGGCGUGUCUGGAUCCGGUGUUCGUGGGGAGUCAGAACACCGCGGCGUCCACCGCCGUCCCCACGCUGUCCUCCGUCUCCACCGGACCACAGGCCUCCAAACUCAAAUACUCCAGCUGACAGACUCUUACUGUCCUCCCUCCCUCCACUCUCCAGCAGCUCACAGCGGGACAGACAUACGGAGACGAGACUCUGAUUCAUCCUGUAAAGAUUAGAGAAGAGUUUCACCAAGGAGCCUUCACCCGUCCGUCACCAGAGCGUCCGAGCGUCCGAGUACAGCAGACUCCUGUACAGACCGGAGGCCCUCGGGAGAUUCAGACGAUGGAUGUGGAUUUAAAGGAUGUGGAUUUUAUGGUAAAGUCUGAAGUCUAAGCAGGGCACAGUGUGUUUAAAUCACCAGGAUUCUGAUCCGUGUUCUAGAUAGAUAAUUAUUCACAACAUUCAUUAGAUCAUCCCCUUUUGAUAUCGCAGUAUAUACGUUUAUAUGCAGUCGAUGUUCACAUUUACCUACAGUGCUUUCAGUCCUUUCUUAAUUCAGAUCGGUUAAUUCAAAAAGGUUAAGUAAGAAGGGUUCAUUCAGAUCGAUUGAUUCAGAUCGGUCAUUUCAGAUCAAUUAGGUCAGAUUGGAUAAUUCAGAUCAGUUCAGGUCAUUCAGAUUGGUUUAUUAAGAUCUAUUAGGUCAGAUCGCUUCAUUUUUUGAAAACUCACAUCAUCCAAACUAAAAUAGUGUAAUAACGGGUCUAAUGUAGUGAUUUACUGGCUAAUCUCAUACAAACAGUGCUGAGCACCUUCAUAAGAACUUUAUUAUAACAUUUGAAUAAUUAUAAAAUGGUAAAAUAGUGAUGAUGUUCAGGUAAAGAAUGAGAUACUGACGCAUCUCAGUGUUUAUCUUGAGAUGUUGUGAUCUCGUUGUGGGUUGAGAUGAGAAGUGAUUCUGCUGCUGCUUGUUGUUCAGAUCUGAACUGUGAGGAUAGGGGGCGCUGUUUCCUGAGAAAAACACGACACUUUAGCUACGUUACGUUAUAUUAUAUUAUGUUACGUUACGCUGCUUUUCCAGCUUUAUUGAAUAGAAAUAAAUAGAAAAGUAACUACAGUUUUAUUUUUACAGUUAAAAAAAGCUGCUGUCCUUUAAUUUACCCACCAAUCACCUUAAUACAGACCGAGCAGAGUAUUGUUUACCCAGUUUACAAAGUAAAAGUCCCAUCAGACCUCGUCAUUGUGAUGCUGGUGUGAUGGGAGGAGUGUAGGACGAGUGGAAGAUGGACUGUUUGUAGCUUCCUGACCAGGUUUUUCCUUUCUCUCUAUUUUUUAUUGUUGUUUCUAUCAGUGCACUAUAUGUCCAAAUGUUUGUGGACACCCUUCAGAUUAAAACAUUGCUAAUAAUAAUAUGAAUUAUGAUAAUAAUAUUUCAAUUAAUAUUACAUGUAUUGGCAAAUUCAUAAUUUAGAAGUUUGUAGAGAUCAUUCAUUGUGCACAUUAUUAUUAAUAGCUUUUCUGUGGUUUUCAUAUUGUUCUUAUUCAAAUUAGAUUUAUAUUGUAUUAACUGAAGUGAAAAAAAAAAUAUAUAUAUAUAUAUUGUAAUAUAAAUUUGCCCAUUUAUCGUUCAGCUCUACUGUUUAGGAGUCAGGAUUAGCUGGAGUUGCUGAACGCAAUCAAAUCCACACAGCAAUGUUCCUGAACAGUAGAAACAGUGACUCCUAAACAAUCAGGAUCAAAUAUAUUAUAAUAUUCAGAUUAAUUUUGGAGAAAAUAAUGAAUGAGCAGGUGUCCCAUUACUUUUGUCCAUAUAGUGUGCGUUAUUGAUUAUAAAACAGGAAAGAGUAAAAACAGCAUAAAAUCAAUAGUUAUUUGUUUUAAUCAUGUUUAAUAGAGAAUAAUGCAGUAAUGUAAUUAAAUUACCCACUCAAUUACAUAAUUACAUAACGUUACUCUCAUUCUCUGGAGAGUAAUCUGAGAUUUGGAUUGCAGUAAUUACAUCUGUUUAUAUUUAUUAGAACAGAUUCAGUUUUCUGUGCCCUGCGAUAAAGGUGUGUGAUAAAGGCUAUGCAAACCGAACGACGGAAAAUCUGUCUGUGUGUUUUUGGAGUUGCUCCAUUCUUCUAGAAGAGAGAGAGAAAAGAGAGAGAGAGAAAAAGAGAGAGAGAGGAAGAGGUUGAAAAAGUGAUUCUUUUAUUUUUGUCGAAGCCGCUGCUGGUUUUAAUAAAGAUGUAUAGUGUACUUAUUAAAAUAAAGGUUUUAUAAUGUA